CAAGGGACCAGACAGCCUGUUCUCCUCUGUGUAUCAGGACCAGCCGCCUAUAAAACAUGAGUUCCCAGCAGCAGAAGCAGCCCUGCACUGUACCCCCUCAGCUGCAGCAGCACCAGGUGAAGCAGCCUUGCCAGCCUCCACCCCAGGAACCGUGCGGCCCCGCAACCAAGGAUCCCUGCCACCCCAAGGUUCCUGAGCCAUGCCAGCCAAAGGUGCCUGAACCCUGUCAACCCAAGGUGCCUGAACCCUGUCAACCCAAGGUGCCUGAACCGUGCCAACCCAAGGUGCCUGAGCCUUGCCACCCCAAGGUGCCUGAGCCAUGCCACCCCAAAGUGCCGGAGCCAUGCCAACCCAAGGUUCCUGAGCCAUGCCAACCCAAGGUGCCUGAACCCUGCCACCCCAAGGUACCUGAGCCAUGCCAAUCUAAGGUGCCUGAACCAUGUCAGCAGAAGACAAAGCAGAAGUGAAGUGAUCUAUCACUACACUCAUGAGGAGCCAGCUGCCGGGUGCUGAAUCUCUUAUCCCUUUCUGCAUAUAAGUCCCAUUCUCUUAUUGCCCUUGCAGUCAGCGUGAUGUCAUUAUGAGUCAUCCCUCUUCCUUCUUUGCACGGGUCCCUUAUACUCACUCUGGAGGGUUCUGGAGCCUCUGAAGAAGGCUGAAGUUCUCACUGGGUGAACUGGUGUCCUAGCUGCUCAGCAUAC